CAGGAUACACUAGAAAUGGAGGCAACAUACAGCUUCAAAAUUCAGAUCACAAAAAAUUACCGAGUUUCCAGUGAACUCCGAGCAAUAAGAUACAAGGCAUACACGCCUCUAAAGGUACCUCUUGGCCCUCUUCAUCGAGACAAUCCAGACUUGCAAAACAUGGAGAAGGAGAAACGGAGAUACAUGUCAUACUUUUUUGAUCGACUAGUAAAUUCAAGUAAGGAAAAAGGUCAAAUCAUUUGUGAAUCAAGUGAUAACUCUGGUCAUAUAUGGGCAAGAAAUACGUGUACCAAAGUAGUAUCAGAAUUAGAAGAAGAGGCGCGAGCAUUUUAUGCUGAAGAUAUCAAUUUAGACAAGGAUCACUUAGUGGCGAUGUUGCUCCUUGAUGCAUGUUUUAUGCUCGAACUCUUUCACAGGUGCUUGUUGAUAAGUGUUCCGAACAAUAAUGAUCAGUCUCUUCCACUCGAUCCGCUUGCAGGUAGUUUCCCAAUGGUGCAAGCUCUGAGAAAUGAUUUAAUGCUACUUGAAAACCAAAUCCCAUAUGUUGUUCUGCAAAAACUUUUUGACCUUGUACCAGAUUUGAAGAAAGUCUCUAUUGGAACUCCAGACAUGUCGCUUGAAGGGCACAUCUUUUGCUUUUUCAACUCUGUUCCGAUGUUGCAGCAUAAAAUUUUAAAUUUCAAGGAUGGAUCCUACCGUCAUUUGCUGGAUAUGUUGUACCAUGAUUGCUGUUUCAGUAACACUUCAAAGAGUCCACCCUCGAUGAUAUCUCCACAUAGUAAGAACAACAAAAAUUGGGGGCUCACAAAAUGUGCCACCGAACUCUACAAGUCUGGUGUCCGACUUGUAUGUGACCAAAACAGGGCUGUAGUGGACAUAAGAUACAAUGAAGGAGAAAUUUCUAUCCCUCAAGUGAUCAUAGGUAAAUCAAGUGAUACAGUGUUCAGAAAUCUCAUUGCUUUAGAGCAGACCAGCACUGGCGGGCAUUCUGUGACCUCGUAUGUGAAGAUCAUGAGCACUUUGAUUCGUUCCCCUAAAGAUGCUGAUCUACUUGAGCAGUUAGGCAUCAUCAAAAAAUCAGAUGGAGAAACGGAUGCUUCAGCUUUCUUUGAAAGGUUAUGCAGAGGAGUUGUCUUCGUAGACUUCUGCUAUACAGAUUUGUGCAAAGAGGUUAAUGAUUACCAUCUCCCUGUGUGGAAGUGGCGCAGAUUGAAAGGAUACUACAGAAUCAAGUAUGUUGAAUGGAAAGAAUCUACCAAGGACAUGAUGAAUCGGGAUCAUUUCCAAAAUAGAUGGCAUCCUCUGAAAUUUCUUGCUACAUCUAUUCUCAUCCUCCUCGCUUUUUUACAGACUUUCUAUACCAUCCGUGCUUAUUAUCAUCCCGCGUAAAACUGCUACUGCAAUUUUGGCCAAUAUCUUCUGAUACCUCCUUGUAAGCUUGCUGCAAAAUCUGUUUGUGUCACUCAUUUUAUACCUGCAAUCCCCGCUUCAUACCUUGCCAAUGUGUUUCCCCUGUUAUGGCCCGUGAAUCGAGAGGACAUCCAUCAGCUCCUGUGGUAGAUCGGUUCCAGGAAGCCAUGGCUUGAAAUGGCAUCUACCUUCUCAUGAUCAAGUCGUCGUGUUGUUUGGUAAAAUAUACAAAUAGAGCCCAUUUGG